UUCUGCAGGUCCUGCCGACGCCUGCUGCCAUGAAGAUCGCGGUGAUUGGACAGAGCCUGUUUGGCCAGGAAGUUUACUGCCACCUGAGGAAGGAUGGCCAUGAGGUGGUGGGCGUAUUCACUGUCCCUGACAAGGACGGGAAGGCUGACCCCCUGGGCCUGGAGGCCGAGAAGGACGGAGUGCCCGUGUUCAAGUUCCCCCGAUGGCGAGCGCGAGGACAGGCUCUGCCCGAUGUGGUGGCCAAGUACCAGGCUCUGGGGGCCGAGCUCAACGUGCUACCCUUCUGCAGCCAGUUCAUCCCCAUGGAGGUCAUCAAUGCCCCCCGGCAUGGCUCCAUCAUCUACCACCCGUCCUUGCUGCCCAGGCACCGCGGGGCCUCAGCCAUCAACUGGACCCUGAUUCACGGGGACAAGAAGGGGGGCUUUACCAUUUUCUGGGCCGACGACGGUCUGGACACGGGGGACCUGCUGCUGCAGAAGGAGUGCGAGGUGCUCCCGGAUGAUACUGUGAGCACCCUGUACAACCGCUUCCUCUUCCCCGAAGGCGUCAAAGGCAUGGUGCAAGCUGUGAGGCUCAUCGCUGAGGGCAAGGCCCCCCGCCUGCCCCAGCCCGCCGAAGGAGCCACCUAUGAGGGGAUUCAGAAGAAGGAAACGGCGCAGAUCAACUGGGAGCAGCCUGCGGAGGCCAUUCACAACUGGAUCCGUGGCAACGAUAAGGUCCCAGGAGCCUGGACGGAGGCCUGCGGACAGAAGCUGACAUUUUUCAACUCAACGCUGAACGUUCCAGGCUCCGUGCCGGAGGGAGAACCCCUGCCCAUCCCAGGAGCCCGGCGGCCAGGGUUGGUCACCAAAGCGGGGCUCAUCCUCUUUGGCAAUGAUGACAGAAUGCUGCUCGUGAAGAACAUCCAGCUGGAAGAUGGCAAGAUGCUCCCAGCCUCCCACUUCUUCAAGGGGGCGGCCAGCAGUGCCCUGGAGCUGACGGAGGAAGAGCUGGCCAUGGCCGAGGCCGUGCGGAGCACCUGGCGGCGGAUCCUUCCCAACGUGCCCGAGGUGGAGGACGCCACCGAUUUCUUCAAGUCGGGAGCCGCAUCAGUGGAUGUUGUGAGGCUGGUGGAGGAGGUAAAGGAGCUGUGCGAUGGCCUCGAGUUGGAGAAUGAGGAUGUGUACAUGGCAACCACCUUCGGGGAGUUCACCCAGCUGCUGGUGCGGAAGCUACGGGGGGAGGAUGGCGAGGACGAGUGCGUCAUUGACUAUGUAGAAAAGACGGUGAAGAAGCUGACUGUGCGGAUGCCCCACCAGCUCUUCAUCGGGGGAGAGUUCGUGGAUGCAGAGGGCAACAAGACCUACGACACCAUCAACCCCACGGAUGAGAGCGUCAUCUGCCAGGUGUCCCUGGCCCAGCUCAGUGAUGUCGAUAAGGCCGUGGCGGCAGCGAAGGAUGCUUUUGAAAACGGACUGUGGGGCAAGAUCAGUGCUCGGGACCGGGGCCGGCUCCUGUACAGGUUGGCCGACCUCAUGGAGCAGCACCAGGAGGAGCUAGCCACCAUCGAGGCCCUGGACGCCGGCGCCGUCUACACGCUGGCCCUCAAGACCCACGUGGGCAUGUCCAUCCAGACCUUCCGCUACUUUGCGGGCUGGUGUGAUAAGAUCCAGGGCUCCACCAUCCCCAUCAACCAUGCCAGACCCAACCGCAAUUUGACCUUGACCAGGAAGGAGCCUGUUGGGGUCUGCGGCAUCGUCAUCCCAUGGAACUACCCCCUGAUGAUGCUCUCCUGGAAGACCGCUGCCUGUCUGGCUGCAGGCAACACAGUGGUGAUCAAGCCAGCACAGGUGACCCCGCUCACAGCCCUGAAGUUCGCGGAGCUGACCCUGAAGGCCGGCAUUCCCAAGGGCGUGGUCAACGUCCUCCCAGGGUCUGGCUCACUGGUCGGCCAGAGACUCGCAGACCACCCUGAUGUGAGGAAGAUCGGGUUCACAGGUUCAACGGAGGUGGGAAAACACAUCAUGAAGAGCUGUGCUGUGAGCAACGUGAAGAAAGUCUCACUGGAGCUGGGCGGGAAGUCGCCGCUAAUCAUUUUUGCUGACUGUGACCUCGGCAAGGCUGUGCAGAUGGGCAUGAGCUCCGUGUUCUUCAACAAGGGUGAGAACUGCAUCGCUGCGGGUCGGCUCUUCGUGGAGGACUCAAUUCACGACCAGUUUGUGCAGAAGGUGGUGGAAGAGGUGGGGAAGAUGAAGAUCGGCGACCCUCUGGACAGGGCCACCAACCAUGGGCCGCAGAACCACCAGGCUCACCUGAGAAAGCUGCUGGAGUACUGCCAGCGUGGCGUGAAGGAAGGCGCCACCCUGGUGUGCGGGGGCAGUCAGGUCCCCCGGCCAGGCUUUUUCUUCGAGCCCACCGUCUUCACGGAUGUGGAGGACCACAUGUUCAUAGCCAAGGAGGAGUCCUUCGGGCCGGUCAUGAUCAUCUCACGGUUUGCUGAUGGAGACAUAGAUGCUGUGCUGGCACGGGCCAAUGCCACGGAGUUCGGCCUGGCCUCCGGCGUCUUCACCAAGGACAUCAACAAGGCUCUGUAUGUUAGCGAUAAGCUGCAGGCGGGCACCGUGUUCGUCAACACAUACAACAAGACCGACGUGGCCGCCCCCUUUGGAGGAUUCAAACAAUCGGGAUUCGGCAAAGAUCUGGGAGAGGCCGCCCUCAACGAGUACCUGCGGAUCAAGACCGUGACCUUUGAAUACUGAGAGGUGUCAGCGAGAGCAGCGAACUGUUCUUCUGUCAUACCAUGUCAUCCUGCCUCUCUGGGGGAGAGCCGGCGUGCUAUGCCUCCCCAGUUGGUGCCAGCUUCCCCUGGCUGCCCUCCCACCACCAUCUGCAUAUGGGCCACCCUCAGUCUGGCCCCAAGUGGCCUGGGCCUGGCAAGGGAAAUAGUCUAUGCAUGAAUAAAGGUUGUAGGCAGAGGCCCAGCAGCAACCCC